CUGGGACUAACACACGGGAAACAGGAGAAGAAGACGCUGAAGUACUUCCUGUUUGUGUCGGAGCAUGUGGCUGAUUUGCGUUUCCUUCUUCAGAUCAAUAAGAAAACAAAUAAAUCUGAACAAACUUCACCUCCGGAUCGACCGGACUGAUCGGACUCUGCAGCGGAGAUGGCGAGGAACGCUGAGAAAGCCAUGACGGCUCUGGCCCGGUUCAGACAGGCUCAACUGGAGGAGGGUAAAGUCAAGGAGAGGAGACCGUUCCUGGCGUCAGAGUGCAGUGAACUUCCUAAAGCUGAGAAAUGGAGACGACAGAUCAUCAGCGAGAUCUCAAAGAAGGUGGCUCAGAUCCAGAACGCUGGUCUUGGGGAGUUUAAGAUUCGGGAUCUGAACGAUGAGAUCAACAAGCUGCUGAGAGAGAAAGGUCACUGGGAGGUCCGGAUCAAAGAACUGGGAGGACCGGACUAUGCACGCGUGGGGCCGAAGAUGCUGGACCACGAGGGGAAGGAGGUCCCGGGGAACCGGGGCUAUAAGUACUUUGGAGCAGCCAGAGACCUUCCUGGAGUCAGGGAGCUGUUUGAGAAGGAGCCCACCCCGGCGCUCAGGAAAACGAGGGCGGAGCUUAUGAAGGAGGUGGACGCCGAGUACUACGGGUACCGAGACGAAGACGACGGAGUCCUGCUGCCUCUGGAGGCCCAAUACGAAAAACAAGCGGUGCAGGAGGCGGUCCUCAGGUGGAGGACGGAGAAAGAUUCUCGUCUUUCAGGAGACAAACAGCAGCCUGACGAGGAGGAGGAGGAGGAGAGCAUCUACACUAUCCACAGUGAACAGCCUGAUGAUGACGAGAUGGGGGAGGAGCCAGAGGGGGAGGAGGGCGGAGUCACCUUCAUCGCUCACGUACCUGUUCCCUCCCAGAAAGAGGUGGAGGAGGCUCUGGUCAGGAGGAAGAAGAUGGAGUUGUUGCAGCGUUACGCCAGCGAGACUCUUCAGGCUCAAAGUCAGACAGCCAGAACUCUGCUGGGACUCUAACCUCUCUGUCUGUCUGUAAAUGUACAUGUCAGUUCACUUUUAUACUUUGUGAUUAAAACGUUGUUCAGCA